GCCACUUCAGAGUUCAGUGCAAUAUGGCGUCAAGCUUUGGAAAUUCCGUGUUGUUUGUCCCAUUUUCAUCGAUUUAGCUCUCGUUCUAAGUAGUCUGAAAAACGUUAACGCAGAAAAAAGAGCUGGAGUUUCAUUCUUAAAAGAACACAGCGCUCAGCGCACCCGCAGUCAGUCUCUCGCGUGCUCUAGGUAUAUGUGCGCGAGUAAGCCGUAAACUGUGUACACGUGUGUAGGUACAUACGUACUUAGAUAUUUAAAUAGCUGCGAGACUGCACAGUGCGCCUAACAAGAUGCGAUGACAGUGCUGUAACUUAUACUUUCAAAUCGGCAUAAAAGAAUGGUUAAAAAGUGAGGCGCCGAAGAGGACAGCUGAUUUCUGCGUUCGCGGCGAGAGGAAACCUCGCGCGAAGGUCGUUGGCUUCUAGCGUGUGUCGAAAGUCACGUUGCUUCCUUGUAGCUUGACGAUAGUGCUGUGCGUUGACGCGUUGUGGCCCCGAUGCGUAGCGGCUGGCCUGGCUUCGUCUAUUAUAAUCGCACAUAUAGCACACCCAUGCCUCUCGAAGGGAUAACACGUUGCCUUCUCUUCAUUCGUCCAAGCAUCAUCUUGUCCAGGCUCUCGUGGCUUUGUUUAAAUUGAUGACGUUACUACCUUAGAAUAUGUGGAUACUACUACCGCCCGAUGAGAUGUCUUCGUUAAAGUUGAGUAUGCAAGAUAAGCGGGAUUUAGAGAAAUUUACCAGGUUUCUGGCGCUCAAAGCUGCCCAGAUUAUUGUGCAGUCCAGGACUGGGCAAAAGGUUUGCACAAAGUGCAAGCCAAAUUCAUCUGGGACAGAUUGGGUAAAUUUCAAUCUGGCAAUAGAAGAUGAACCAGAUGUGGCAGCCGAAGCAAAAAAGGUACUUUGCGCAGAAAUCAUAAGCUCGACUAUUCCUCUGUGUAUAGAAAUAUCACUUAGAACAGUUGAAGGUGACACCAUGGUUCUUGAAACAUGGAGCCUUGGUGUUCUUCCCGAACAAAGUGAUCAUACUGUUAGAGUCACGUAUACAGUUUACAACAGAAUGGGUAUUUUAUUGAAGUCAUUACUUUCUGUAUCAAGAAUUACACCUGCAUACAAGUUAAGCAGGAGACAAGGACCUGACUCGUUUAAAAUAUAUUACAGAAUGUAUAUGGGGGAACCUCAGCUACAUAGCUUAGGUGAUAAUUAUAAGCAUGUAAGAGUUGGUCAAUUAUGUACACCUGUUGGGAUGAUUCAUUUAUCAGUGUCUUACAGAACAAAAAUGAUGAUAUCCCCUACUCAAACUGGUCGUGACUCAAUCAUGCUUAAGAGCGAUCAUUUUCACUCUGAUUUGAGUCCAAGACAUGCCCGUUAUCAACAAAAUGAGGAUAGUUCCAAAUCUUUAAGUGAUACCAUAAAAGUUGGAGCGUUUGUGGUCAAUAAGCAAGUUGCUAUAAGUGAAGAAGACAGUCAUCCUGAUAUACCAUUUAGUUCACUUCUCACUCCACGCCAAACAUCUUCACCUACUCCAGCCACAACUGAAGUAUCAAAUGCAGCACAGAAUAAUACUACAGCUACAACUGCCUCUGUAGGAGCUAUAGAUACUAGUAAUGGAAAUGAGCGACCGGCAAACGAAAAUACUACGCCAAAAUGCAAUUCACGAAAUGGAUCGAGACGUAGCAGUUGUUCAAUGACAAGCGCCAAUGAUGACUUUAUUAUGGUAGACUUGAAAACUCCUUUUGCUGCAACUAAUACAAAUAGUGAUUUGGGCACUUUUUACCGCGAAUGUCAAAGUGCACCUCAACUUCAAGCUUUUAUGGAAGAACAAACAUUAGCAGAGCAAGUGGGGGAUCUCACAAAACAGUUGGAAGUUUUUGAAACAAACAUGCACCAUUAUGAAGAUCUUUUAAGUUCACUGUGCAAAUCAGAAAAUAACAAUUGAACUUUAUAAGUAUUUAGCCUUUGAAUGUGGCUAUUGAAGGACUACCUCGAGUUGAUCCAAAUGUUUUGUAUAUUUGGAUGUGGGCUCAGUUUUGUAGUAUGAUUGAAAAAUAUUCAAGCUUAAUUCACAUUUGAACAUUUUUGCAUUCAUGAGAUGCAUUAGAAUGUUAGAAAGUGUAGAUAUUUUUUGGGAUUUCAGAGGCUCUGUAUGAAUUUAACUCAAGUGGGUUGACGGACAUUUUUAAGGAAAGUAAAUAUGAGAUUGCUAAUCAACAAGUUAAUAAUAAGGUUUUUCUACUUGAUACUUCAUUAGAACAUUGUGAACAGCACCGAAUAGAAAUUUUUAUGUUGAAAAAGUCAAAUACAAUUUAACAAUUAUGCUUUCACUGUCUUGGUGGUAAAAUUUACUUCACAAUAAUAUUUUUUUAUCGAAAUUGCAAUGCAUAUCAUAGUCUUUAAAUUUUUUAUCUAAAUUAAUACUACAUUUUUGCUCUGAGUUUGAUUACAUAAUAAUAAUACUAGUAAUAAUAAUUAUAAUAAUAAACACAAAAUUCAAGUUUAAGAAUCACAUAAUAUAGUAUAGUUUAAAAUGGUGCUUAAAAAACGUUUUAUAAAUAUUAGCAAUAGUAGUUUAACCAGUAUUAUUAACAUCAUUUAAACAUCAUUCUUUUAUUAUACAAUUAAACGCGAGAUUAAAAUUACACAUUUAAAUCUAUUUGUUGAACAAUUGCGUACUUUCCAACAUAUGCUCUAAUUUUCUUUCCUCAGACUUUUUUAUUUAUUAUUAAAUAUAUAGGUAUUUAAAGCCUUCAUUAAUAAAAUCAUAAAUACUUAAAAAUGUGUAAUAAGGAAAUCAUAAUUAUAAAAACUGCUAAAAGAAUAAAUCUUGUUUCUUGUGAGUCCACAAUGUGAAUCAUGUUAGAAUUUUAUUCUCAAAUUGAAUAGUUAUUUAUUUUUCUUGUAAAUUUUUUUGUAUAUGAUAUGUAAAAAAUUGUUGAGAGAUUAUAUUCUAUUAUAGCAGUUUUUAUUACACGAGUAUAGGUAUAUACAUACAUAAUUAACUAUAGCUUACGACUGAUUCUCUAUUAUGAUUUGCCAAAUAUGAGCAAAACCGAAACGAAGUAUAGGAUUAUAGAUGAAAAGUUUAUAUACACAAACUAUUAGUCUUAAUUUGAUAGUAAUAAAAUAACCUAAAGUGGGAUUGAUGCUUAAAUUUUUGCCCAGUUGUGACAAAAAUAGUUAAAGUUUGUGAUGUUUUGUUUACAAGUCGGCUAUUCAAUUAUUGCUGUAAAUAUUGUAAAUUGUGCCUAAAGUAUGUUAUUAUAAUUGAUAUAUGAUUAAGGUUCCUCAAGCACUUUUGGUAUAUGUAAUAUUUUAUACAUACGAAAGAAUCAUGACAUACGCAUCUUUAUUUUUUACUUUUGAUUUAUAGGAUGCACCUAUUACUUAAACAAAUGAGCAGUAUUACUUGAUAAACUCUGUCAAAAAGAGCACCAAGCUUAUCUGGCAUUUUAGUUAUUUAAAUCUACAGCUCGUGUAAAUUUAAAUUUUUUUAAUGUAUUAAGUGCAACUUUAUACAUGCUUUACACAUACUCAAUAUAAAAAUCUAUGAGUAUAUUUUAAAUUAUGUUUUCUUACUCUGAAUAUGCAAUAAACUUAUCAAGCAAUA